GUCUAGCUCUCCCCGAAAACCCCUCCCAUAGCAAGGGCUCCACAUCACCUUCCAACAGAAGGCGCAACCGGAAGGGGAGGGCCUCCCGCCCGGACGCGGGGCUCCCGCUAUCAUGGCUUCUCGUGGGGUCGUUGGCAUUUUCCUCUUCUCUGCUCUCCCCCUCUUGUGUCUAGAGCUCCGGCGUGGGAUCCCGGAUCUAGGAGUUAAAGAUCUAAUUUUGCUGUGUGGCCGGAUUUUCUUACUACUUGCUCUUCUUACUUUAAUUAUUUCUGUGACUACCUCAUGGCUUAAUUCAUUUAAAUCUUCCCAAGUGUAUCUGAAAGAAGAAGAAGAGAAGAAUGAAAAAAGGCAAAAACUUGUCAGGAAAAAACAACAAGAGGCACAGGGUGAAAAGGUCAGCAGAUACAUAGAGAAUGUUCUAAAACCUCACCAGGAGAUGAAAUUGAGAAAACUGGAAGAGCGCUUUUAUCAGAUGACGGGUGAAACUUGGAAAUUAAGCAAUGGUCAUAAACUUGGGGGUGAUGAAGAGUUGGUGCUUGAAAAUGGGAGUCAGACAUCUUUUGAAACAUCAAACAGCAGAGAAGCAGCAAAGAGACGGAACUUGCCUAAGCCUCUAACCAAAAUUUCACCAUCUGCUGAACAGCCCACGCAGAAGGAGGUUCUUGAUCUACCUGAAGAACCUCCUGAAACAGCUGACGAAGUAGUUGCUGUUGCUCUCCGAUGUCCAAGUGGGAGGGUCCUGAAAAGAAGGUUUUUUAAGUCUUGCAGUUCACAGGUCUUAUUUCACUGGAUGAUGAAAAUCGGGUACCACAUAUCUCUAUACAGCCUUUCUACUUCCUUUCCCAGAAGGCCUCUGGAAGUAGAGGAAGGCUGGUCCCUGCAGGACAUUGGAAUAACUAUGGAUACUGUACUCAAUGUGGAAGAAAAAGACCAGAGCAACUAAUUAAGAAAUGAGAAUGACCUGUUUUACAUAAAAUCAGUUAUGCCAUGAUCUUACAGGACAUAAAGGUUUCACGUUAAAAUCAUGCCAUACCUUGAUUGAGCUCAAGGCAAUAAACACUUUAAUGUUGAUAUCCUCGGGAAUGUAUGGACACGAAGGAUUAGAAAAGGAUUGCUCUCUGCAUAUAAUAGUUUUUGGAAUGUGCCGUCAUAAUGUACCAUCUGAAAACUAGAUAAAAAUGUGUACAGUAAGGCACUCCAUGAUUUGUAUUUUUCCUAGCUGACAUCAUUUAUCACUGUGUUGAAAAACAAAAUCAUAUGACUUUGUUUCCUGCCUCUUCAGUCCACCUUGCCAUACUGAACAUUUCACAAUUCAGUCAAACUCUUUAAAAUCUAUUAGAUAGAAAUGUUUGUUCUGCUUUAUUUCUAGAAAUGAAACUUUAAAGACAUUUCAAAGGUCUCUAAUGCUUUACAGUUCUUUUUGAUAUCCAAUAAAGGGUUAGUACCCAAAA